GCAGUAACCUUACCGGUACCUUCAAACUCAACUUAGAACUGAGUAAAUUGUUGAUGUAUCACCUCAUCUAUAUGCUCAUCUGUAUUCUUCAUAUACCAUCCGAAAUGAUUAGUAUGCGAAGCAUAAAGUGUGAGUAGUUCAUAACAAAAGUGUAGCAGAAACUUGAAAGAAAGGUUGAUGUAUUACCUCAUUGAUAUACUCAUCUGUACUCUUCAUAUACCAUCUGAACAAUAUCUGAAAUGAUUAGAAUGGAGUGAGUAGUUCACAUCAGAAGUGUUGCAGAGACUCGAAAACUGUGAAGCCUGAUGAUGAAAGCAGGAGCUCAUAUCUUUAGCAUUAACAAUCAAAAGGAUGACAACGGAAUCACUCUCUCAGAUGAGGUUAUGCUUCAGCCACUAUUAUCUUUUGUCAUUUGAAAUCAGCAUACAGCUUCGAGGGAAAGAGGAAAUGGAGGAGCGGUUGGUGGCCGCCUCAAUCACUGACCUGUUGAAGACACCAAAGCCCACUUUUGCUUUUUACGAGUGCCAUCCCCAGGUAUACUCCUCACACUCCACUUCUUAAGUGCCCCACUCAUCUCUAACUUUUCCACCUCCUCAUCGCCCCCCGUCAUCUCCGCGCCACCACCGGCGCUUGGCGAGGAAGAAGAGAAGAACAAGUGCAGUGCAGCCAUGGUUCCGAUUCUGGUAGCUGCUGUUCAAGUGUUAGUCGGGCUGGUGGGGGUGUCAGAAGGGCAGGGGCUGGUCCCUGGUGUCAUCAUCUUCGGCGACUCGACCGUCGACGUCGGCAACAACAACCACCUCCUCACUCUCGUCAAGGCCGACUUCCCCCCCUACGGCAGAGACUUUCCCCACCACUCACCAACCGGAAGGUUUUGCAAUGGCAAGCUUGUCACCGACUUUGUUGUCGAGGUCCUUGGAUUCACGUCACACCCACCGGCCUAUCUCAGCAAGGAGGCUACAGGAAACAACCUCUUGAACGGUGCCAACUUCGCCUCUGCGUCUUCUGGAUACUUGGAUGCUACAGCAAGUCUCUAUCAAGCAGUCUCUCUGACACGGCAGCUGCGAUACUUCGAGCAGUACCAGGCGAAGGUGAAGAGCAUCGCGGGAAAGGCGACCGCGACGGCGCUGUUCGCGGAUUCCAUCUACGUGCUGAGCGCCGGAAGCAGCGACUUCCUUCAGAACUACUACAUCAAUCCCUUGCUCCGUGCGAUUUAUAGCCCGGAUCAGUUCUCCGGCUUGCUGCUGCAGUCUUUUACCACCUUUGUUCAGGAGCUGCACGACAUGGGAGCAAGACGGAUCGGGGUCACGUCGCUGCCACCCAUCGGCUGUCUUCCGGCGGCCAUCACGCUGUUCGGCGGCGGCGACGGCGAUGCCUGCGUGGCGCGGCUCAACGACGAUGCGGUGGCCUUCAACGAGAAACUCGACGCAGCAGCUCGGGCCCUCAAAAGGAACCACGCCGACCUGAAGCUGGUCGUCUUCGACGUCUACGGCCCUCUGCUGAAGCUGAUCCGCAACCCCGCAGACGGUGGUUUCUUGGAAGCACGGAGGGCGUGCUGCGGGACGGGGACGAUCGAGACGUCGCUGCUGUGCAAUGCAGCGUCCCCGGGGACAUGCGGCAACGCCACGGGGUACGUGUUCUGGGACAGCUUCCAUCCCUCGGAGGCGGCGAACAGCGUGUUGGCCGACGCUCUUAUCAUCCAAGGCAUUGAUCUCAUCUUCUAAUAUACUGCUGUGUAAUCUGGCUAUCUAUCUUUGCUUUCACAUCAUGAUCAUAAAUUUCUCUUCGGAA